GUGCUCGCCCUGACAGAAGCUGUCUAUCGGGCUGCAGCAGUCAUGUCUGGCAGAGGAAAGGGCGGAAAAGGCUUAGGCAAAGGGGGCGCUAAGCGCCACCGCAAGGUCUUGAGAGACAACAUUCAGGGCAUCACCAAGCCUGCCAUUCGGCGUCUAGCUCGGCGUGGCGGCGUUAAGCGGAUCUCUGGUCUCAUUUACGAGGAGACCCGCGGUGUGCUGAAGGUGUUCCUGGAGAACGUGAUUCGGGACGCAGUCACUUACACCGAGCACGCCAAGCGCAAGACCGUCACAGCCAUGGAUGUGGUGUACGCGCUCAAGCGCCAGGGGCGUACCCUGUACGGCUUCGGAGGCUAGGCCGCCGCUCCAGCUUUGCACGUUUCGAUCCCAAAGGCCCUUUUUAGGGCCGACCACUUGCUCAUCUGAGGAGUUGGACACUUGACUGCGUAAAAUGCAACAGUAACGAUGUUGGAAGGCUUAUGAUUUUACUGUGUAUGUAUUUGGGAGAAGAAAUUCUGUCAGCUCCCAAAGGAUAAACCAGCAGUUGCUUUAUUGGUCUUCAGAUGUGGCUGCAAACACUUGAGACUGAACUAAGCUUAAAACACGGUACUUAGCAAUCGGGUUGCCAGCAAAGCACUGGAUGCAAGACUUGCCUUCCAGAAGCUUACCAGUCGGGUUGCCAGCAAAGCAGUGGAUGCAAGACUUGCCCUCCAGGAGCUUACCAUCAGAACGGAGAAGACAAAUAAAUGCAUAAUAUAUAGACGACAGAAAUCCAUACCUGUACACAUUUAAGAAUAAACAGUCCAGUAGUAAGAGGCAGUACAUAUUCAAUCUGCUGGGGAACGUAGACAAUAACUACUAUAGGAAUCCUAAUGCUACAGAAGUCACUGGCUGCUGGGAAACCAGGGAAAACUUGGCUAUGGACGUGGGGGCUUGUGUCGGACUCUGAAUAAAGAGCAGAAUGAUUGGCAUCCUACAUAGUAAAGGGGGCGAGGGCAGGGAGGAAGUGGCAAGAAUAACAUUUGUGAAGAUGUCCAGGUGAGAAAUAGAGGUUUUAAUGCUCAAGAUGUUUCCUUUUCCCUUUUAAAUCUGACCUGUGAUUUCCAGCAUUGGUAUUUCGAAUAUCACUGAUUGUUUUUAACUUUAAAGGCAAUGCUGAUGAAUAUAUCUGAUCCUCACCAAGAUCCACUAAAGAAGGAAAUAUCAAAAAUUUGAAGAUAAAUCAAAGAAGAAAGAAAGGGAGUGGCGGACAAAACACGUCCAUUGUCUGAAUUAGUAGUUCUCAAAGUGUAGCCUCUCAUCUAGCAGCACUGAUCACCUGGGAUAAAAUCUUGGGCCCCAUGCCAGACCUACUGAAUGAGAAGCUGAGGGGUGAGACAUAGUAAUCGGUGCUUUAAAAAAGCCCUCCGGAUACACAUUAAAGGUUGAAAGCCACUGAUGCAGAUCUCUGCAGUGAAUGCUUUUAACCUGUCAACUGUGAUGAAACAAACAGAAAACCAAAGCCCUGGCUUCUUUUGAGGUGCAAAUAAAUGACCGAGAAGGUGUUAUCUAAGACCUCUACAGCCAUUUGUAUCUGGCCCUGUGUAGAGUGGGCUCUGCAAGACCCUGCCUCACUUUCCCACUAAGAGGCCUUGGACUUCCCAGCUCCCAGAGACUAUAGAGAUCACCUCUGUGGCCUCCUGUCACGAUUUCCUAAGGUGAGGAACUUCAUUUGCCCAACGGAGGCCCACGUUCUCCCUGUUUGAUCUACUGUCUUCCCAAGGAUCUGAACUCGGGGACCAGCGUGUGCCCACAUGUCCGACGAAAACAAUGUAAAGGAACUACUGAGUCUGGACAGAAAAUCCAGACCUACCAUGCAUGCAGCUUCUAAGAGGACUGAGUGCCUUCACUGGAACAGUGAAUCUCCUUCGGUGGACAUGGACAGGGAACGGCUCGAUUAAGCCCAAAUUCACAAAAUUUCGCCCACCACCCCGUGCCCCGGGAAUUUUGGCUUAGGGGCAGGAUGUGGGGGUUACCACUGUGCUAGUGGAGGUGUCGCGGGACUGAACGGCAGCCCCAGCGCAGUUCUCCCCACGUUUGCCCGCAGAACCCCGGCGAGGCCGAGGUGGUCAUUUCCCUCCCUAGCCGGAUGAGGCCGGUUUGGGCGCGAAGCACGGGCGUGUGGCCCUCCACUUCCGCAAAGGCCAGGCGCGCUCAGGACCGCGAGCCCUGAGCGUCCCCCUAGUGACCCCUGGCCUCGGGCCCGACGCCCCGUCUCUCCUGCUCCGGCCUCCCCGCCACGCAGGGCCCCGGUCACGCGCGGGAGGAGCCGGCCCGCCAAAGCCCGCAAGCCGGCGCCCAGGAAAGCGGCCGCAGCCCGGAUAGGCCAAUUGGCCGAAGUCGGCAAAGCCCAAGAUGGCACCGCAGCAGGGGACCCGACUUGUCACCCGACCCCGUUUCGUUGGGAGCCUAACCGGAAGUGCCUUCCCCGCUCUAAUGCCGGAGGAGCACGGAGGGCAAGCGGUACAGCUUCUUCCAAGUGCUGAUGUGGGUGGCUCUGAAAAGAGCCUUUUGGAUACGAUGGAACCUCCGGCUGAACCGCGCUUCUUAAGCCCGCUCCCCACGGAUGCGGCGGGCCAGCUGGAUGUCCUUGGGCAUAAUGGUCACGCGCUUGGCGUGGAUGGCGCACAGGUUCGUGUCUUCAAACAGCCCCACCAGGUAGGCCUCGCUGGCCUCCUGCAGCGCCAUCACGGCCGAGCUCUGGAAGCGCAGGUCCGUCUUAAAGUCCUGCGCGAUCUCGCGUACCAGCCGCUGGAAGGGCAGCUUGCGGAUCAGCAGCUCCGUGGACUUCUGGUAGCGCCGGAUCUCCCGCAGGGCCACGGUGCCGGGCCGGUAGCGGUGCGGCUUCUUCACCCCGCCCGUGGCCGGCGCGCUCUUGCGGGCCGCCUUGGUGGCCAGCUGCUUCCUCGGGGCCUUCCCGCCGGUCGACUUGCGGGCAGUCUGCUUAGUACGGGCCAUAGCGAACCAAAACACAAGCUCACCAGCGCAGCGGCGGGGAGAGAAACGAGUUCGUAGCCCCGCGGCAGCCGUCUUUAUAAGCACAGUCUUUUCCCGAUUGGGCGGAACAAUAAUUGAAAAUCCCGCGCUGGCUGUCCAUUGGCUGUGACGUCACCCGUCCUAAAGUCACCGGUUGGCUUGGGCAGAUUCCUCCCUAACCCCGCCCACCCGCCUCACUUUCUACUUACCAGUUGGCGAAGUUUUGCAAGCUUGUUUUUCCCCUUUCCUUCAGGGUGAAAGCCAUUUUCCAUUGCAGCUUUGUCAGAUUGUUUCCUUUCCGCCCUUCGCUUCCUGAGAACACACUGCCCGCAAUACCCCCCUUUCUUGCUGCGCCCUGCGGCUCCCGCAUGAAACCUCAUUCUUCCAUUUGCCCCCCCCCCCCCCCGCCCCCAGUUGCUACUUGGCGGAUCGUUUUUCGCCUGUCGGGUGCCUUUUGGGUGGGAGAGGUGCCCGCCCCCAGGGCGCAAGAUUCCGCCUCCGAGGCCCUUACUCUCCGCCGCCAGGGCGCUCUGGAAAACAAAACAGAAACUAAGACUUAAGUCAGCUCAGUGAAGCCAAGACCCAGCUCCGCCACACUGGCGAGCACUACCCGCUCAGGGCCCUCCCCAUCGGGGGUGGGGACGAGGAGCACGUCCCGCUAGUGCCAGACUAGGUCUGAGUGCCUGGCCGUGGCCUGCGGAAACCACUAGGGAAGCGCGGGCUCCGCGCGCAACACUUAAGCGCGUUGGGUACUGCCCGCGGCGCUGGUGUUUGUGACUGUGCGGAGUGGACCGUGGCGGCGCCCAGGACGUUUGGUGCCUCCACCUGCCCUGGGAAGUUCUAGGACUGGGGACCCACUCAUCGAAGAGCCAAGGCAGUUACGUGCUCCAAAUGCAAGACGGCACGCACGAACACACACACACACCUGCCCCGUCCCGUCAGCUCCAGGUUCGCUAUUCACUACUGAGGAACGCUGGACAGAGUAGCCGGCAUUAACAACUCUUUUAUUUGAAAACGUGGGUGGCUCUGAAAAGAGCCUUUUGAGUUUACAGGUGCCCCUUCGAGACGCGGGCCGGGCUGGGCUGGGCCCACUUGGGCCGGACGUCAGCCUCACUUGCCCUUUGCCUUGUGGUGACUCUCCGUCUUCUUAGGAAGCAGCACGGCCUGGAUGUUAGGCAAGACGCCGCCCUGGGCGAUGGUGACUUUGCCCAGCAGCUUGUUCAGUUCCUCGUCGUUGCGAAUGGCCAGCUGGAGGUGACGAGGGAUGAUGCGCGUCUUCUUGUUGUCCCGAGCCGCGUUACCCGCCAGCUCAAGGAUCUCGGCGGUCAGGUACUCGAGGACCGCCGCCAUGUAGACGGGUGCGCCGGCCCCCACUCGCUCCGCGUAGUUGCCUUUGCGCAGCAAGCGGUGCACUCGCCCUACCGGGAACUGGAGGCCAGCGCGGGACGAGCGCGACUUGGCCUUGGCGCGGGCCUUGCCUCCUUGCUUGCCACGACCAGACAUGACAACGAUAGCAGUCACCGAGGAAAGCUCCUGCCUGGCGACCGGGAAAGUCGCCGAAAACGCCGCUGCUUCACCCUUUUAUAGACAGAACGGCGAUUGUCCACGGAGCACUUUGAUUGGCUCAAGCAAAUUUUGUCCCGAUAGCCAAUAGGAUAGCUCAGCCAGAAUCCACUCAUUUACAUAAUCUCGUCUCCCUCGCAUUGCGCGCCGCGGAAAACUCGCGAACCAUAACACAGCGUCAUGCGCCCAGCCUCUGUAAGUACACAGUCGUUUCCGGUAGACCCCGAACCUGCGGCUCCGCUUGCGUUCUCGGGGGUCACUGUCGGUCUUGGGUCUGGCCAUGCCUGAGCCUGCAAAGUCCGCGCCGGCUCUCAAGAAGGGCUCCAAGAAAGCCAUCACCAAAGCCUAGAAGAAAGACGGCAAGAAGCGCAAGCGCAGCCGCAAGGAGAGCUACUCCAUCUACGUGUACAAGGUGCUGAAGCAGGUCCACUCCGACGCCGGCAUCUCGUCCGAGGCCACGGGCGUCAUGAACUCCUUCCUCAACGACAUCUUCGAGCGCAUCGCGGGAGAGGCGUCCCGCCUGGCGCACUACAACAAGCGCUCCACCGUCACGUCCCGGAGAUCCAAACGGCCGUGCGCCUGCUGCUGCCCGGCGAGCUGGCCAAGCACGCCGUGUCCGAGGGCACCAAGGCGGUCACCAAGUACACCAGCUCCAAGUGAGUCCCUGCCGGGACCUGGCGCUCGCUCGCUCGCUCCCUCCCUCGGCGGGUCGCCGGCUGCUUUGACUCCAAAGGCUCUUUUCAGGGCUACUUAACCACCUCAGUGAAAGAAUCUUUCUUGUGUUGUCAGUCCCAGUUUAUGUUUUUGGCUUCACGUCUGGUUAACUUUAGGAGAGCACACAACUCCAUUAAGCACAGAUAACUAUUUUCUUUUCACAUAGGCAUUGCUAUAGGCUUACGUAGAUUGAUAGUGGUAUCUUACUAUGGUAUAGAUAGGCUGGGGCUUGCCUUAGAGGGCUGCUCUUGAAACUGUCUUUGGCCUGGUUACGUACCCGUGAAUAUGUGCCCAGCAGAUUGUUUCCUGGUGAGAAACGCAGUGUUAAUUUUGAAAUAAGCUGUUUUCCCACUGCUUACUGUAAGUUCUACUUAGGGGAUUUCCCUCAGCACCUAUCCCUUUUCCUGCAGAUGAUGGGAGAGGAAUAUAAAGUAAAGGUAUAAUCUGUAGCUUGGUCGAGAACUACCUUGUAGUGACACGGUCAUGUGCACAUAAUUUGCCUUUUCCAAGGUGAGACGGUAUGCCACGGCUGCGGUCAAUGUCAAUCUGCUCAGGAGAGUCGAGGGAAAAAGUGUUAACUGCAUAUUGAGCUCGCAAAAUUGUGUAGUAACCUGAAAAUAUUCCUAAUACUUUUGCGACCAAGCCUCACCAUAUAUAGUAAACUUUCCUUCCGCACCUGUAGACCUCCAUUCUGUGAUUGAAGCAAUUUUUGGUUUAUAUAGCUCUCGUCUCAAUUUGGUAUUCCUUUCAGGUAUUGUGAAUCUAUAGGUAUUUAUUCCUGGGUUUCAAGAUGUUAAAUGCUAUCAGAAUAGAGUAAUGCAAAGGCUGCUGUCAUGGAUAGUAAAGCUUUUUAGUCAAGUGCUGAUAGGUAGACAAUUCCCCAUUGUUAUCGUUGGGUAUUUUACAAUUUUCUGGGCAAGAAAUGUAAUGAAAAAUUAGAUAAGUUUUAAAGGCCUUCAUUUUUGAGACUGGAUACCUUAAACAAUAGUGUUUCCUAAACAGUUAAAACUUAUUUAACCCUGAAGCUUUCAAGACACACACAAAUAUAUACAUAAAUAUAUAUUGUAUAUUCCUUAAACCCCACAUAGCUCCACUGAUCCAAAUCACUGGGGGUGAGGCAAGGGUAGACAAUCUAUGACACAACACCAGGUGAUUCAUAAGUUUGGUAACCACUGACAUUUGGUUAUGCAGUUGCCAUAUUCCUUAGUAAGAACCUGGUUACAAUUUUCACUCACUACCCCAGGCAAUUCCCCCUCCCCACAUCCCCCUUUUUUCCAAAAAUUGCAGUGAGAUAUACAAAAGUUUCACUUAACCCUUUAUUAAUUCAGGACUUUAUAUAUUUUUAUUAGGAUUUAAAAUACAUUUCAAAAAGAUCAAGUGAGAACAGAAGAUAAAAGUACCAAGAUAAAGGCAUAAUACAAACUUACUAGAAAAUACAUGUUAAGCAUACUGCAGUGUCCUGGUAGCCCCUUGCUUUUGUUCACUUUUUUCUCUUAUGUACCUACAUAAAAUCCCAAAUAGGCCGGACGUGGUGGCUCACGCCUGUAAUCCCAGCACUUUGGGAGGCUGAGGCGGGUGGAUCAUGAUGUCAGGAGUUCAAGACCAGCCUGGCCAAGAUGGUGAAACCCUGUCUCUACUAAAAGUACAAAAAUUACAGAGCGCCUGUAAUCCCAGCUACUCGGGAGGCUGAGGCAGGAGAAUUGCUUGAACCUGGUGGCUGGAGGUUGCAGUGAGCCGAGAUCGCACCACUGCACUCCAGCCUUGGUGACAAAGCGAGACUCUAACUCAAAAAAAAAAAAAAAAAAAAAGAAUCCCAAAUAGUAUCUUCCAGGAUGACACACUUGCUGUCUGCCCCACUCAAUUAAAGAGACUUUUUAGUUAUCAGGUAUUGUGCUGAAUCUACCUUAUUUUAUUGCCAAAAGAAAAAAAAAAAAAGCUUUUCAAAGCUUCAUCCCCAGGAAACAUUUUCCUGCUUUUACACAUACCUUAUAAGGCUCUACUGAGAGAUAAGGCCUAAGCCUGAAAAUUUAAUUUAAAGCAUGGAGGUAAGGGUGAGACAGAAAGACAACAGGGAAAAGUUGAGUUUAUAAGGUAAGUAUAUAACUUCAUUUUAACAGGCACCUGCACGGCGUUGGGUAAAUAACCUAAUUAUAUGUGGGGGAAGGUAGUGGUCAACCUUUGGUCCUGGGGACUGAGAAUAAGAGCAGGAAAGCAAUAAACAGCUAACUGUGAGAGUGACUGAAUGUAAUUAUAUUACCUGUCAAUCGCUACUUUUCCUUUCUUACCAAAAUUCACACAGGUAUGAAAGCAAUAUGACAUUCAGGCUCCAUUAUGUGUAUUUGUGCACAUCACUUCCCACAAUAAGGGAGAAGAAAAGAAACCACUGCACAUUCGGAUAAAACAUGCUGGGAAUACAGCAGUAAACAGAAUAGAAAAAGUCUACAUUUUAAUUAGUGGAUAAGUAAAAAUAAGCGAAUAAAUUUAUAUUAUUCAGGGGGCCAUAUGUGCAAUUGCUGUUAAGUAAAGCAGAACAUGGAGUGGAGUAGGGAUGACAGGUUUCAUCAGUUAAUACUUGAGCAGAGAGCUGAAUACAGUAAGAUAGUUGUAGGAUAUCUUGAGGCAGAGUAUUCUCAGAACAGAACAUGGUAAGUACAAAGGCCCCAAGGCAGGAACAAGCUUGGUGAAUGUGAGAAAUAUGCAAGCUGGUUAAUGUGGCUGAAGCACACUGACCAAGGGAAAGUUUUACAGAGAUCAGAGAGGUGCUUGAGGGCUGGAUUAUGUAGGCCACAUAUUAGGAGGUUCACAGGCCAUUGCAGAGAUUUUGUCUUUUAAAUGAGAUAGAGUGCUCUUGGAGAAUUUGACUGGAGAGGCAGGUGGUAGCAGUGGAGAUGCAGAGUAGUAGCCGAGGUAUUUUAAAUGAAAUUGAUUUAGUAUAGGCUGACUAAAAGAGAAAUCAAGGAUUAAUUGUAGGUUUUUACACUGAGCACUUGAAAAGAGCUGCUAUUUGCUGAUAUGAGUGAGGAGUAGUCUUGGAGGAAGGAAACCAAGAGUACUGUUUGGAACAAAAUGUUGAAGACUCCUGGUAAAUAUCGAAGUGUAAAUAUCAAAUAGGAAGUCAGAAAUAUGAGAAUUUGGUGUUUAGGAAAGAGAAAGGGGUUAGGUUUGUAAGAUCUCAUAUCAGUCUGAUUCUUAUUCUUUUGUAGAUAAUCUACCUUUUCUGUAAAUAUUUAGAAGCAUGAUGUCUAUGUGUGUAUAUAUAUACACACACUUCCCCCCGCCCAGCCGCCAGGACUGCCUCAGUUUUCAUCUCAGUAUUUGACUAAAACCUUCUAUUCAACUUCAGUUUCAGCCUUAGAAUAACCAGAUGUCUAAGUCAAUGUCAUCUGGGGCAUCUCUGGACUUGUGCAAUCACAAAAGUCACCAUUACCGCUACAUAGUACGUAUUAUGACCAAUGGAUAUCAUUCAGAGUUCUAGUUUACAUAUGCUAUUAUCAAACAUAUAUAAGGCUUUUAAUAUAACUUGGGAGUGAAAUUAGUAAAAUUCUAUCAAUUUACAUUAAUUUUACUGUAAAAAUAAAAUAAUGUAUGAAAGCUUCUGUACUAAUAA